AUGUCUUAUUAUAAAAAGGGCCGUUCCGCGCAAGGCAGUGCGCGCGCUGGGGGCGGAGCUGCAGGCGGCGGGGCGGGGGGGGACGGCAGAAAAGCAUGGGGAGGGCGGCGCGGUAUGGGGCAAGGCGCGAGCGCCGGCGACGACGAGGUGGAGACGGCUUUUGGAUUCGUUAAUUUCACGGAGGGAGAUCCGCGGCUCGGAUGGCUGUUAAACAUGAGCUCGGCAUCGGUGGAGGAGCCCGAGACGUCCACCAUGUGCAGCUGCGUGAACCUCUACUUCAUGUGCCAGAACGGCUCCACGUUCAAGGCACAAGUCAAAUACGAGCCAUACUUUUAUAUCGCCGCCAAGGAGCGCAGGGAGAUGGAGGUGGACGCGUAUCUGCGCCGCAAGCACGAGGGCCUCAUCACGGGCAUCGAGGCCGUGGAGAAAGAAGACCUGGACCUUCCGAAUCACCUGUCGGGGCGGCGGCGUGUGUACCUGAAGGUGUGCUUUGCGAACGUGCAGAACCUGAUGGAGGUGCGGAGGGAUGUGCUGGCUGUGGUGGAGCGCAACAAGACCCGCGCACAGGCCGCUGGCGCAUACGGAUCAUUCGAAGGCAUCAACCUCUCGCUGCUCACAGGGGCGACGGGAAUGAGUGGGGCAGGGAGCGGCAUGGGGUCGGGGUACGGGCAGCAGUACCUGCAUGCAACAUCGGAGUCCCACAAGGCGGUGCAUGCAGGGCUGCAGCAGGAGGGCGCUGAGUCGCUCAUGGUUGACAUUAGGGAAUACGACGUGCCCUACCACAUGCGCUUCGCCAUUGACAAGAGUAGGCUCACAUCCGUCUCUCUCACGCCUGUUGGGUUGGGUGUGCGUGAUAGCCGCAACGCAGCCUUAUCCCUCGGUCUGGGGAAUUCCUUUGGAAGGAACGUGAGGUGUGGGUGGUGGUUCACAGUGGCCAUAGACGCGGGCAACAUCACGCUCACGCACCGCCCCGACCUCAUCCGCAGCCCUGAGCCGCGCGUGUGUGCGUUCGACAUAGAGACAACCAAGCUGCCGCUCAAGUUCCCCGACGCGUCCUUUGACCUCAUCUUCAUGCUCUCCUACAUGAUCGACGGCAAGGGAUACCUGCUCGUCAACCGGGAAGUGGUGGGCGAGGACAUAAAGGACCUAGAGUACACGCCGAAGCCGGAGUUCCAGGGGCCGUUCCACGUGACCAACGUGGAGAACGAGGAGCAGCUGCUCAAGCGCUGGUUCGCCCACAUGCGCGCUGAGCGCCCCGGCAUAUAUGUCACGUACAACGGAGACUUCUUUGACUGGCCGUUUAUCGAGCAGCGCGCUGCUACACAUGGCAUGUCGCUGCUGCAGGAGAUGGGGUUCAAGUGCGAUGCGGUGAGUGGGGAGUGUCGCAGCCGCUUUGUGUGUCACCUGGACGCGUUUGCAUGGGUGCGGAGGGACAGCUACCUGCCGCAGGGGUCGCAGGGUCUCAAGGCAGUCACACGCGCCAAGCUGGGGUACGACCCCCAUGAGGUGGAUGCAGAGGACAUGGUGCGCUUCGCCCGUGAGCAGCCGCAGGUGAUGGCGUCCUACUCAGUAUCCGACGCACUGGCGACGUACUUCCUGUACAAGACGUACGUGCACCCGUUCAUCUUCUCACUCGCCACCAUCAUCCCCAUGCCGCCCGACGAGGUGCUGCGCAAGGGCUCCGGCACACUCUGCGAGACACUGCUCAUGGUGGAGGCGUACCGCAGCAACAUCGUGUGUCCCAACAAGCACGUGGAUGCAGUGGAGCGGUUCCACAGCAACAGGCUGCUGGAGAGCGAGACGUACAUCGGAGGCCACGUGGAGUGCCUGGAGAGUGGGGUCUUCCGCUCCGACAUCCCCACCAAGUUCCGCCUGCACCCCCCCGCCUACCAGAUGCUGAUGGAGAAGCUCGACGAGGAUCUGGUGUACGCGCUCAAGGAGGAGGGCGGUAUGGCCGUGGAGGAUGUCAGCAACUAUGAGCACGUCAAGCAAAGCAUUGUGGAUAAGCUGAGCGCCCUGCGGGAUGCGCCAGUGAGGGAGGAGUGUCCGGUGAUCUACCAUCUGGACGUGGCCGCUAUGUACCCCAACAUCAUGCUCACCAACCGCCUCCAGCCGCCGUCCAUAGUGACGGAGGAGGUGUGUGCAGCGUGUGACUUCAACCGCCCAGGCAAGAACUGCCUGCGGCCGCUGGAGUGGGUGUGGCGUGGAGAAACAUACACCGCCUCAAAGAGCGAGUACUACCAGCUGCGCAGUCAGAUGGAGACGGAGCGCUUCCCCUGUGCGGCACACGGGGGGCAGGUGCGGUCGUUCCGCGAGCUGCCACUGCAGGAGCAGCAGGAGCGCGUCAAGGAGCGCCUCAAAAAGUACUGCCAGAAGGUGUACAAGCGCGUAGUGGACAAGCCGAAGGUGGAGGUAAAGGUAGCAGGGGUGUGCCAGCGAGAGAACUCCUUCUAUAUCGACACUGUCAGAAGUUUCCGUGACCGGCGGUACGAGUACAAGGGGCUGAACAAGAAGUGGAAGGGCAAGCUGGGAGACGCCAAGAAGUCUGGCAACGCCUUUGCCAUCCAGGAGGCCCAGGACAUGGUGGUGGUGUACGACUCACUGCAGCUGGCGCACAAGUGCAUUCUCAACUCAUUCUACGGCUAUGUCAUGCGCAAGGGAGCGCGGUGGUACUCGAUGGAGAUGGCGGGCAUCACGACAUACACGGGCGCCAAGCUCAUUCAGAGUGCGCGCGAGCUGGUGGAGCGAGUGGGCAAGCCUCUCGAGCUCGACACCGAUGGCAUCUGGUGCUGCCUCCCCGCCUCCUUCCCCCAGGACUUCUGCUUCACUCCCAGCAAGCCGGGCGGCAAGAAGCUGACGAUAUCGUACCCAUGUGUGAUGCUGAACGCGGAUGUGAAGAAGCACAACACCAACGACCAGUACCAGACACUGGUGGACCCGGAGAGUCGGCGCUAUGAGGUGGCGAGUGAGUGCUCCAUUGCAUUUGAGGUGGAUGGGCCGUACAAGGCAAUGAUUCUCCCAGCGUCCAAGGAGGAGGGCGUGCUAUUAAAGAAGCGCUACGCUGUGUUCAACCUGGACGGGUCUCUGGCGGAGCUCAAGGGCUUUGAGCUCAAGCGGCGAGGCGAGCUGAAGCUGAUCAAGGUGUUCCAGUCCGAGGUCUUUGAGUGCUUCCUCGCUGGGACGUCCCUGCCCGAGUGCUACGCUGCUGUGGCUGCCGUCGCCAACAACUGGCUCGACAUGCUCGAUAGUCGUGGGGCAGGGCUGGAGGAGGCGGAGCUGCUGGAGCACAUCAGUGAGUCGUGCACCAUGAGCAAGGCCCUGGAGGAGUAUGGCGGGCGCAAGUCCACGGCCGCCACCACCGCCAUACGCCUGGCGGACUUCCUGGGCGAGGCCAUGAUCAAGGACAAGGGGCUCAGCUGCAAAUACAUCGUUGCCAAGUACCCUGCUACAUCCCCUGUGAGCGAGAGGGCCAUUCCCGUGGCCAUUUUCAAUGCCGAGCCAGAGGUGAUGCGGGUGUACUUGCGCAAGUGGUGCAAGGAGGCGCACGGCCCUUUGGACGUGCGGGCCAUUGUCGACUGGGACUACUACCGCCAGCGCCUCUCCUCCGCCAUCCAGAAGAUCAUCACCAUCCCCGCUGCCAUGCAGAAGGUGAAGAAUCCGGUUCCGCGUGUGGCGCACCCUGACUGGCUGUCCAGGCGCGUGCGGCAGCAGGAGGACCGCUGGCAGCAGCGCUCCCUGCGCGGCUUCUUCUCCGCCUCCCUCGCCCCCGCUGCUGAUGACGCCACUGCUGCUGCUGCAGACGAUCCGGGUAGAGAAGGGGGGAAUGGUGCGCCAGUUGACUUGGAGGAUAUUGGCGGGCGAGGGGGGAGAGGGAGGGAGGGCGGGACGCGUGCAGUGGUGAGGAGGCAGGUCCAGGCAAGGUUGGUGGUUCCGGAACGAGAGGGGGGGAGAGAAGGGGAGGAGGAGGAGAGGGAGAGGGUGGAGAGGAGGGGCAGGGAGGCGAGGGAGCGGAGUCCUGACCCAGGAGAGGACUAUGGCAAGUGGUUGCAGCAUAAGAAGAGGAAGUGGCGGCGGACAUUGGAAGAGAGGAAGAAACGCAGGCAGGGUGAAGCAGAGGGCGGGGGCGGCGAGGGCGUGGGGAGUGGAGCAGCAGGGGCGCGCAGGAGGCUGGGAGUGAGUGGCAUGCUGCGCCAUGCAGACGAUGCUCUCACACGCUCGCACUGGCAGGUGGGUGGGCAGGGGGCUGAGAACGAGAGGUGGAUUGGCCGGUUGCAGUGGGGAUGCGGGGGAGUGGGGCAGAGCAAUGGCGGACGAGGGACCUCAGGUGCCCCUCAUCUCCGACUCCUCUCCUCACCAACCCUUCUCUGUGCCCUCGUGAUGCAGAUCAUCCAAGUGACGCCCACAGCAACGCCCGGCGAGUUCUCCCUGUGGGUCGUGGUGGGGGCAGCGGGCGUGAGGCGAGUGGUGGUGAGGGUGCCGCGUGUGUUCUACCUCAACACCCGUGCGGCAGUGAAGCAGGAGGAGGCCCCGGGGGAGCUGGUGUCCCGCACUCUGCCACACGGCCACCCCCUGCUCAACCUGCUCAAGGUGUGCUGCCAGGAGAGGGGACGAACGUUUGUGGGCGGAAGAGGAGGAGACGAGAUUGCUGAUAUUAUGCUCCCGGGCUGCUGUUGCUCGCCCCUACCUUUGCCCCUUCCCCCCACCUGCCUCCCUGUCGCUCUGCCAUCCUGCCUCUGCUUCCCCAUUCGAAUCUCCAUCCUCCACUCUCGUUGCUCUCCUCUCCUGGCAGCUGACGGUACAGGAGAGCCAGGAGUGUACGAGGCCCAGGUGCCUCUGCUCACACACCUGCUGCUCUCCCUCGGCACUGUCUGCUCCGUGGACUCCCGUGCUCGCUCCAAAGCCACAGCCACCACCAAAACCACCAACCCCUCAAACACCAGCAGCAGUGGUGGAGGAGCAUGGGACAUGGGGCAUCUAUCAAUGCGCACCACCACCGAGUGCCCCUACCUGCCCUCCGUGCUCUCCUCCCGCUCCUUCCUCUACCUCUACCACAGUGGCACGGACACGAGAGCAGUGUACGCGCUCUUCAUGCCCUCGCUCCCCGCGCUGCUGCUCCUCUUCGUCUCCCCCGUGCCCACGCGAGACGUUACCCCUGCUCACCUGCACCGCCACUUCCUCGCUGCUGCUACUGCAGCACACGCCGCCAGCCCAGACGUGCCCCCAGCACCUGCUGCUGCCUCCGUGCAUGUCAAGGUGGAGUAUGCAGGGACACGCCAGGAUGCAUGCAAGGCAGUGCAGAGAGCAAUAGAGGAGCUGCGUGGGUCCCACCGUGGCCCACUAAUAGCUCUGGUGGAGGAUGCCACUCGCACUGGGGGAACACAGCCUGGCAGCGAGGGGACACGGACAGCAGCUACAGGGGCAGGGGCAGGGGCAGGGGCAGGGGCAGGCGGAGGUGCAGGGGGAGGGGCAGGGGCAAGUGGAGGGUUGGGAGGAGUGGCAGUGUUGGAGAGCAUGCCGUGUGUGGAAGUACCGGGCAAUGCAGCCGACAGCCGCUUUCCGGUGAGUAAGCAGGAGAUGUCCAACAUGAGGCCAGGCGCUCCCUUCAUCUUGGCAUGGCUGGUUGUGUGUGAACUAUGUGAAGAGGAGGGGAACAAGAGGGGGUGGGGGGAGGUGUUGUCGUGUAACGUGGCAGUGUGCUGCUGCGGUGCAGUGCCGCCGUGCUGCAAGCUAACCCAUCAUCCAUGUCUCGCUCUCCCUCUCUGUACCGCCUGCCUCCCCUCUACUCCCGUGUCGCCCCACCUUGGACUCCUCGCCUCAUGUGUGCAGGCGCUGGGGUGGCAGGCAGCAGCGGGGCGAGUGGCGGUGCACCGAUGUGCACAGGCGCCUGUGUGGCUGCACCAGCGCGUUUCCCUCGCCAGAUACGCACACGUGAGCAGGGGAAAAAGGGGGGAUAGGGCGGGAGGGUUAGUGCAAAUGGCUUUCGUCGUGGUGACCUGUGCUUACCUGGUCUCACCUGGUCUCAAUCUUUUUGCACCUGUUCUUACCUUUCUCACCUGUUCCCAACUGUUCUCACCUGCUCCCACCUUUUCACACCUCUUUGCACCUGCUCUGGCCCAUCAGAUCCCCAUAGGCAACAUGAGCAAGGACUGGAUCCUGCACACAGCAGACGUUUUCUACGCCAGGGCAUUGCGAGACAACAACCAUGUCAGUCAGUCAGCACCACUCGCCUCACCACACGUGCAAUCCAAUGCACAUGUGCAGUUCACUCAGCUUCAUGCUGCCACUCUUUCCCCCCACGGCACCAUCCCACUCCCCUGCGCACCACAAACCCGCCCCAUUGCCUGCCUGCCCAUUCUCCCCCACGCACCCAUGGUCCUACAGCUGCUGUGGCUGUCCCACACGGGCGUGCCGGACGUUGGAGGGGUGGCGGAGGAGGAGGCCAUGAGCUUCCUGGACGAGGUCAGCAGGGCACUUGCGCGGGGGGAGGAACGGAGAGGGGAGGGGUGGAGAAAGGGGGGGGAGGGGGGGAGGGGGAGAUGGGGGCCGUUGGAAGGGUUGGGAUGGGAAGUUCAGCAACCGCAGGUGGUGGUUCCGGGCCACUACACAACAAUAACUGUGGAGCUCAAGAUACAGCACCUGGCAGUGUGUGCGCUCAUCAAGAGCACCAUAAUCAACGACAUCGAAGGGGGUGCGCUCCUGGGCGCCUCACACCCCCACUCCCACCCGCACUCCUCCUCCUCUCAACCGCACGCCUCCUCGCACCCCAGGUUCCUCUUCCAGCCGCAGUCCACCACCACCCCAGCCAACGGCAGCAACCAUAGCAACCACCGCACAACAGAGACAGCAUCAGCAUCAGCAGCGGCAGCAGCAGAGGCAGUGAGGGAGGCGGAAGCAGAGCUGCAAGGCGUGCUGGGUGGGGUACAGGGGGACGAAGCGGGGAGAGGGAGAGGGGGUUCAGGGGCCUCAGGGGGCCAUGUGAUGGAGGACGAGGCGGCCAUGUGCCGGUCGGCGUUCAAGGUGCUGCGCGGCAUGGUGACGGCGUGGGUGACGGAUGUGGUGCGCACGCAAAGCCUCUAUGCUGACGCCCUGCUGCAGCACCUCUACCGCUGGAUCUGCAGCCCCUCGUCCACUCUGCACGACCCCUUCCUGCACCGCCUACUGCACAAGAUCAUGUGCAAGCUGUUUGCGCUGCUGCUAGCGGAGCUGAGGCGCCUGGGCGCCACAGUGGUAUACGCGGACUUCUCACGGGUCAUUCUCGCCACGGGGCGGCGCUCCCUGCCCUCUGCCAUGGCCUAUGUGGACUACCUUGUUGCCGCUGUCAACAGCAGAGACGCGUUUGAGUUGCUGCAUGUGGAGAAGCAACGGGUGUGGCACUCCCUGCUCUUCCUGGACAAGUUCAACUUUGGCGGCAUUGUCGAUAGCACUCAGUUGGAGCAGCAGCAGCCAGAGGGAGAGGGGGAGAAUGGGGAGGCUGCAAGGCACGCGAAUGGCAAUGGUGCUGCCACUGCUGAUGCUAAUGGUGGUGGUGGCGAUGGUGGUGGCGAUGGUGGUGGUGAUGGUGCUGGGAGUGGUGAUGGUGCUGGGGCAGGGAAGCAGGCGGAUGGGCGAGGAGGAGAGGAGGGAAAGAUGACCGUACUGAGCCAAUGGAACAUUGCAGACUACCUCCCAUCAUCUGUGCAGGAGUACUUCCAUCUGACAGUCUCUGAUUUCAUUUUCAACCCCUGGGUGGCCGCUCGCGAUCGCAGCACAGAGAGGACCCUCCAGCGCAGGGCCGCUGCUGCCUUGGCUGCUCGAGCAAGGAAGAGGGAGAGGGAGAAGGAGAGGGAGAGAGGGAAGGCAGGGAAAGCGGGGAAAGAGGGAGGAGGUGGGGAUGUGGGAGAGGAGGCGGAGGAGGGGAGGGUGGACGAGGAGGAUGAAGAGGCAGAGCUGGCACGAAAUGAGGUGCAGAACCGCCUCACAGACAACCUCUUGCACCUCGUGCGGGCCUUGCAGGCAGAGGCGGAGAGAGGGGGGGAGGACGCGGAGGAGGAGGGGGAAGGGGGGGAGGAGCGCAGGGUGGGGAAGUCGGGGAAAGGGGGGCAGAGGGGGAAGGGGCGGGGGGCGCUGGGGGCAUCAGGGGGGCGGGCGCUGGAGCUAGUGAAAGCAGUGUGCCAUGUGCUGUCGCUCAGUGCACACGUGCAGCAUGAAGUGCAGGUGUUGCGGCGGCAGCUGCUGCGGGUGCUGAGGGUGCGUGAGUUUGCACCAGAAGCCAUUUUCCGGGACCCAUGUCGCUCCUUCGUUCUCCCAGGAGUCAUAUGCAGCUACUGCAACGACUGCAGGGACCUGGACCUGUGUCGGGACCAGCUGCUGCAGGCGGGCGAGUGGCGCUGUGCCGUCCCGCACUGCCAGCACCCCUACGACCUGCUCUGGAUUGAAAACGCUCUGCUGGAGGUGAGUGAAGCGAAGCCAUGCCACACCCUGCUCUGUGAUGCGGCAUCGUGUGAGGAGCUAUCAGCUACAGGACCUCGUGUGCAACAAGUGCCGACAGGUGAAGUCUGCCCGGGCAGCGCUGCACUGCACGUGUGCAGGCACGUUCCGGUGCUCGCAGCAGGCAGAGCAGCUGAGGGAGGGGCUACUCGUGCUGCACUCAGUGGCCUCCUCACACGGUUUCCCCCUGCUGCUCGAAUGCCUGCAGUGGCUGCUGCCUCUCUGCCGUGCCACAGGGGAGAAAUGAGAGCUAACAGAGUAAGACGUGGGAGGAGUGAGAGCGGAGGGAUGAAGGGAGUGGCGGAGGGGGCACCACACAGCAGCGCGCAGGGUAGUGCUAGCACCGGCGCAGAUGAUGCUGCGGCGGAGGCGGAGUUUCGUGCGGCCAUGCGGUUUAUCCGGAAGGGGCCAUCCGCCUCCCUGCAGUACGUCGUAGACGAGAAGCGCGCCGAGCUGUACGCGUUAGAGGUGUGUUAUCGCUUUGGACUUUUCUCGCUUGUCGCCGUGCCUUUACUCCUUGUCAUUUUUUUCGUCGUCAACUAG